UUAGGACAGCUGGAUUUAAAUCUAAUCCAAUGUCCAAGCAACGAGUUAUCAAAACAAAAAAAUUUAAUUAAAGUUAAUAAAUAGUUUCUUGUUCACCAUUUUCUGUGAUGGAAUUUGAUCUGGACGUUGUGGAUUAUUUACAGGCCGCGGUUACCGAUAGAAAAUGUAUGAGCAUUUUGCCAAACAAUGAUAAACGACGAGUGACACAGAAAGUUGUUGUUGGAGAUAAAAGUGGAGUUUUACAAUGCUUUGGUGUCAAGAAAAGAGACGUGAACAACAUCUUUAAACUUCUUCCUGGAGCCCCAAUAAGCCGUGUUCAGCUAGGUGGUGCUCUUGGGACACCCCAGGAUAAAAUAUUUGUCGCAUCUGGAGCUGAUAUUCGAGGUUAUUCAAGAAAGGGAAAAAAGUUUUUGGACUUUAACUCAAACUUAACAGAAACUGUCGCUAACCUGUGGAUUAGUGGAAGUGACUUAGUUGUCGGUGGACAAUAUGUUUUCAACCAUUUCUCCGAUUGUGUUGACCAAGGUUAUUACUUGGCAAGCGAUAAAAUAAACGACAUCAUGUGUUUGCCUAAACCUGAUGAAGGAAAUCUUACAUCAGUGUUGGCUUGUAAUGACCGUGUAUUAAGGGUGUUAGAGGGUUGUGAAUUAAAAUAUGAAGCAGAAGUUUCCGGCUCUCCGCAAACAGCUGUUGCCUACAAAGGAAAUGGUGGAGAAGAAGGAAGAGACCUUGUGUAUGGAACCAGUGAUGGGAAGCUUGGACAUGUUUUAUUAACAGGAGAGCAACCAAUAUACAACUGGGAAAUCAACAACGAAUCAAACUUGGGUGGAAUUAAUUGUCUGUCUCAUUAUGACAUCACAGGGGAUGGUGUGAUGGAAUUAUUGGUUGGUCGUGAUGACGGAAAAGUUGAAAUAUACAGCUACGAUGCAGUGGACCAACCCACUAUAAGAUUCUCACAUUCGUUCAAUGAGAGCGUAACUUCCGUGCAAGGUGGUGUCGUUGGGUCACUUGGUUAUGAUGAGGUUGUAGUAUCCACAUACUCAGGGUGGGUAACAGGGCUUACAACGGAGCAUCUGCAGAAGAAAGUAUCCGGAAACUUUCAAGAAGGUGCGGCAUCGGUGACCAAUAAUCCAGAUUCAAAUUUUGACGCAGAAACAACAAAAAAACUUCUCGCUUUGAGAGCUGAAAUAGAUUCAUUGCAACAGCAGGUGGAAAAUGAGCGAAAUAAACACAUGCAGCGAACUUCAAAAGCUGUUGCUUCUAACAGUGACAUUAUGACAUAUGCACCUGCAUUUCAUGUCAAUGAUAAAUUUGUUCUUUCACCAAAUGACUCCAGCUAUACUCUUAGUAUUGAAGUACAAACUGCUAUUGAUCAUAUUGUAUUACAGAGUGAUGUCCCAAUUGACCUCCUUGAUGUUGAAAGUACGUCUGCUGUUGUGUCAUACACCACCAACCCACCAUCCACAGAUGGAAGCUCAAACACCGACAACUUCUUACUUGCUACGUAUAGAUGCCAAGCCAAUACUACACGUCUCGAGGUAAAAGUGCGAUCCAUCGAAGGACAGUUUGGUCAUCUACAAGCUUACAUUGUUCCAAGGUUGCAGCCGAAAACAUCUAUUAUGAGAAAAUACCCGAUCAAACCUUUGUCGCUUCAUCAACGUGUGCACGAUGUGGAUGAAAACAGAGCCAUGAAUGAGUUGAAGCUGUUGGGUCCGUUUAGUUUUGCCGAAGUCCACAGCUGGCUUGUGUUUUGUUUGCCUGAUUUGCCAGACAGAACACCAGCUGGAGAUAAUGCUACAUUGUAUUUCACAAACACUUUUCUUGAGACACAGUUGGUUUGCAGUUACAGCAAAGGUGAAGCAAGAAUUUGCUCCGAUAAUAUUUCCACAAUCUCCAUUUUGAAAGACAUCAUGAGUAAAGAAGCAACGUCCAAAAAGAUUUCUCUCAACAUUCAGUUUGAUAUUAACGAAGAUUCAAUCAGGGACACCAUACGACUCUUGCAUCCAAAACUUGAUCAACAAUUAAUGUUGGCAAAGAAGGUUCAGCUGCUCGAUGCACUGCAGGAGUUGCAAACCCAUGAAGGAAACAUUAAUUUCUUGGCACCAGAGUAUCAGCAGAUAUUAGAAGAAGCUGAAGAUUUGAAAAUCCAAUUUAAGAAACAGCCAGCAAGACUGGAACGUUUGUAUGGCAUGAUAACUGAUCUUUACAUUGAUAAGUUCAAAUUCAAAGGAAUCAACGUGAAACAGAAAGUUCCUCAGCUGCUGGCAACACUGGAUAAUUAUGAUCAGGAAACACUGAUUGAAUUCUUCCAGCAACCAGUGUAUUGAGUGGAGAUCUGACCUGAUAAAAAGUUGAAGUUAAAUGAUCAAUGAAAACAACUUACCUUCGUAGCAAUUGUCAAAGGUGGUCUUUACGAGUUUCUCUUGCAAAACUAACAGAACUCAUUUUCCUCUUCCUACAUACAUAUACUGCCCUGCAAGUUCCACUAUGUUUGAUACUGGAGCUCACUGUGUUUUUGAUCCCUUUCUGUAAAAUCUUGUGCACUUGUUGGCAUACGAUUUAUAUUUCAUACGCAAUCUACGCAAGACACAUCCGAUAUACAGAUGUUACAUCGGCACACAAGUUACUGCUUGAUUAUCAGUAGCAUUGAAGCAAUGUGUGCUAAGUGUUUGUGGAUUCUUCUGUUGGUUGUUGGUCUUGAGAAUUACGUCGUGCUUGUUGUUCAAGAUGAUCAAUUGCCUGUAAAAGUAUAAUAAAGAAUUGAAAAAAAA